AAAUACGUAAAUUGGUUAUAAGUGCUUGUAGCUAUUCGGAAGUCUUAAAGUGAUAAUGGUAAUUUUGCUUUUUUAGAUUGGUUAGAAAAAAUGAUUACAUCCGUUAUUUUCAGUUGCAAAUAUCAAACCAAUUUAUUUGCUAAUAAGAUUUUAUCUUGAAGAUGUUGAUCAUGCGCUGGUGAAAAGUCCUUUCAGUGAAGAUCAAGGAAAGUAAGAGGAUCACCAAACAGCCUAUAGUUGGCGAAAUGCCAUUUUACAACUAUUAUUGGAGAAUCACUUAUGCCGCUCUGUUGUUGCUAACUCUGAGGCCUCUCUUGGCGACUAACAAAACAAGAGUGCUCUCGCCAGAUUGCGAUUUCGAUAACUCUACUUUAUGUGAUUGGGAAAAUGACAAAACAGGGAUGGCACAGAUUAAUUGGAUUGUACAGUCAGGAAGCACGCCAAGUCAAUCGACUGGACCUCAGUCUGACGCAUCAGCCAAUGGAAUGUAUGCCUACAUGGAGGCCAGUGGUCGUAAUCAUGGUGACAAGGCUAGACUUGUAAGCCCCAAAAUGCAAGGUCCAAAGUGUUUAUCAGUUAUGUACCACAUGUACGGCAGUUCGAUGGGGAGCCUCAUUAUUUACCUGAGGACAAAUGACAAUGAGACGGUGCAAUGGAUUAAAUCAGGAAAUCGCCCAAACCAAUGGCUGCAGGCCGCCAUAUUCGUUAAUUCAUCCGUUGAAUAUCAGAUUGUGGUUGAAGCUAUCAGAGGAUGGUAUUUCUCAAGUGAUAUCGCUAUCGAUAAUAUCUCUUUUUCAAAUGGAACAUGUCAAAAUUUAGUCACUCAAAGCUUGCAUGCAUACAUCAAGACCGAUCCUGCAAAGGCUGUGGCUUUCAAGCUUGACAGAAUUCCUCUUCAUAGUGACUGGAUUCAUCAGUUCACAAUGGAAGCUCGACAGACCAGAAACACGUCUGCUGACAUAUUGUAUUUUAUUUACCCGGUGGAUUCAGCUAAUUGUAGAAAGAGUAUAUCUCGAAAUAUUUCAUUGAAUGAUCUCAGCUGCUUUCCUUUUGACUUCCUUUACUCGUCAAACGCUUACCAAGAAGGUUACCGUAAAGUGCUGCUCAUUAAUCGAGGUCAGGAUUCACCUCUCGGAGUUACCCUAGAUGAUUACCAACCUUGUUGCGAUCAGUCGAUUCAAGAAUGGUUUUUCGCGAAUAUUUCAUUACGCGAACAAAGCACCUGUCUUCCUGGGUGGCGCAUAUUGAAUUCCAAUUCCUGUCUCCAAGUACACUUGACACAGCCGAAGACUUGGGAUGACGCCAAAUUAGACUGUUACAACAGAGGGGGGCACUUGGCGGUCUUAAAGGAUACUGACAUUGCUCGAAAUAUAGCUGAAGUCCUUGAUGAAUAUCUGAAUGAAUGGGGAUUUUAUUACGUUGGUGCCCACGCUAUGAGUCGUAGCCAAUGGAUAACAGUUAGAAAUGAGAUAUUUUCUCUCGAUAAAUUCCAGUCAUUGUGGGGUCCUUACGAGCCAUCUGGAGACGGAUGGUGUGGUAAUAUGAUAAACGGGGAAAAAUGGAAUGAUGCCUGGAAAGGAAAAGGCUGGCGAAUUAAUGAUGUAGAUUGCUUAUCAAGCCAGGGAUAUAUCUGUGAAAAGAAAACCUCCAUCUCCGGAGCGUCUUGUGAAGAUGGCUGGUUUGAAGUGGAGAAAUCGUGCUUUAAAAUAUUCGGUGGCGAUGUUUUCGUGAACUGGCAAAUAGCCCGUCAAAAUUGUAGAACACAUGGAGGUGACUUAGCCAUUGUGGAUACCGAGAUAAAGAGAGAAGCAAUGAACACGCGCCUUGCCGAAAGAGAUCAACUUCUGCCAAAUAUUGAUAUACAAGUCUUUAUAGGAAUACAACGGCUCGGUUUGUGGCAGUGGCUUGAAAAUGAGCAAAUCUCAAUAGAUAGUUGGCACCGUGGAUACCCUUUUGUUUCUCCGCUUCAAAAAUGUGGAAUUUUGGGAAGGCUUUCGCAGUGGAAACUUUUUCAAAGUCAGUGCAAUUUCCGAGAAAGUUAUCUGUGUGAAACAGAGGAGAGGAAUUACAUUGCUGGGCGACCAACAGACAAAGCGUUGCACCCAGAUUUCAUUGGGACGUCUGCUCAAGUGGUUGACGGAAAUAUCGCUUCCUGCUUUACGAUGAAACGACUAACAUCCAACGACGAACCCCUUUGGUGGAGUGUUACUCUGGAAAGGAAGGCAUUUGUUUACAAAAUGUUGGUGUACAACAGGCCAGACUGCUGUUUAGAACAAUUUUCUAACCUGCAUGUUACAUUACGAAAUCAUAAGGAAUUUGCAAUAGCAAACUGCGACGUUUACGAUUGGAAGACGGAGCAUAAGAGAUUGAUGAUAUGCGAACCGUCUAUUAUGGCUACGAGCUUAACCAUAUCGGCUCCUGAUGUCGCCAGUUUAACCCUCUGUGAGGUUUUGCUCACAGCGACGGGAUAUGAGAUAACUGCCCAUGGAGUUCGUCAAGAACUUUGGUAUCAGAUAUCUUCUGCAGCAGUAGAAAGCUUGCGGGAUGAUAGGAGGUUUCCGAAAAGUGCAGAUGCUGUGAGGAUUCUUCAAAAUCUGGACGCUGGGAAUAAUUUCCACUAUAAUUACGGACAACGCCUUGCAACAUACCUUCAGGUUCCGGAAAAUGGAAAUUAUACAUUUUACGUUGCUUGUGAUGAUGCGUGUCAGCUAUGGCUUCACAUGCCUCGAGUAAACAACUUGGUGAAUGAAAACGAUGAAGACUCGGGCAAGAAGCGUAUUGCUGAACUAAAGACGGGCUAUUGGACGGAUUAUCAUCAGUGGGAUAAGUACCCUUCAUCGCAGACGUCUGAAGAAAUUUGGUUGAGUAAAUGCCAUUUCUACUUCAUUGAAACACUCAUGAAACAAGGAGGUGGAAAGGACUGUUUGUCAGUGGGAAUGAAGUUACCAAAUGGCACUUACGAGCGUCCCAUUCAAAAACCGCGCUUGUUUUGGGUUCGGCCAGGAGUGACUCAUGUAGACUUUAAGACGAAUUCCCUUCCUAGAGUUGUCAGGACUGGUCAAGAGUUUUCUAUCCAAGCUACUUACAAACACUGUUGUCGUGGAUCACAUUGCCCCACAUGUCCGAUUCAGCUUUACUUUAAAUUUGCUGGAAAAACAAGUCUGAUUCACAGCAGCUUGAAAGUUGAUUGUCAAGAAAACUAUUUCAAUACUACAAUCGAAACUGUGCUUCAAGAGGGAAUAUAUACCUUAAAUAUUUUGUAUAAAUUGGAAGCCGAAAAAUCUCAUUCAACUGAAAUUAAUAGGCAAAUCGGCGAGGUGCAUAUCAAAGCUUUAGAAAUCGAAGGCUGCAAAUUCACUUCCGACUUGUGUUCUUGGACAAAUAACGAUCAAGGAUGGAAACCUGCAAUUGAGUCAGGGAUACUUGCUCACGUGAGUAACAGUCCUGCUCUUCUUGAGAGUCCUUUGAUAAUAACCGAUUCCAUAAGCCAGAGUCUUGGGAUAUGUUUUACAUUCUCUUACCUUCUUCCGAAUGAUUUUGGAUCUCUCAGUGUAAUCGUAAUGACAAAGGGAAAUUCGACAAUUUGGAGUGUCACUGGGUACCAGGGCAGUUCUUGGCUCAAUGGAAAAGUACCAUUAAUAACAGACGAGAAUUUUAAGGUAGCGAUAGUUGGCGAAGGAAAACAAUCAUCAAGUUUGCACAGAACAGCUGUUGAUAAUAUAACAAUUUCUACUAAAACAUGUGAGCGAUCUCCUCCUCAUAGUUUACCAGCUGAUAACUUUCAGUGUGACAAUGGACAAUGUGUUCACAAAGCAUUGGUUUGCGAUGGUGAUACUGCAUGCGUGGACAAUUCAGAUGAAAAAAAUUGUAAUUGCCUUACUACUCAGUUUAUUUGUCCAACUGGAGAAUGUCUUGAUGAAAAUGAAUUAUGUGAUUCCAAGCGGGACUGCGAAGACAACUCUGAUGAAUCCAGAUGUGAAGGAAGAAACUGUCCCAAAAAUAGUUUUUCCUGCGCCGGUGGUGAAUGCCUUCCAUGGUCUUUGACAUGUAAUUUUGAAAGAAACUGUGAGGAUGGUACUGAUGAACCAUCUAUAUGUGGUUAUUCAAACUGCUCACUCCUUGAUUUAGGGUGUGCAAAACCUAACUACACUCACCACACAUCUCCGCACGCAUGUAGUGGGAACAGAGCUAAGUGCGACUUCCAGGAUGGCCUCUGUGUAUUGACAGAAGAUUCUAAAGUUCGAUGGAGUAUUGGCUCAGGUUCAACACCCACGAAGAAUACUGGACCGGACUAUGAUCAUAGCACAUAUCGACCUGAAGGAAGGUACAUAUAUCUGGAGGCAUCAGACUAUGAUACUGGUGACACUGCUGUCCUGACUAGUCAUGCUAUUGCCGCUGGAAUAACAGCAUGUGUGCAGUUUUGGUAUCACAUGAAAGGAAAAGAUGUUGGCAGCUUAAAUGUAUUGAUCCUAAGGAAUGACUCAACGAUGAUAAUGUGGAGUCUAACUGGCCAGCAAGGUCCUGAUUGGCUUUUUGGUCAAGUUGGAUACAAAGACAUUUUUAACAGCUUUAAGAUUGUAAUAGAGGGUGUCCGUGGAAAUGGUGUUUAUGGCGACAUAGCAUUGGAUGAUCUUCUCAUCCUGGAAGGAGAAAAUUGUCAAACCGUAUAUGGAAAUGAAAACCCUGGAUGCCUAUUUGAGCAAGAUCAUUGUAAUUGGACGCCCAGCGGAACAUGGCUUAUAAGCAAGUUUUUCCCUUUGAGAUUCUCGUUAAGGGACUGGCAAGGCACUGGUGGAGGUUUUACUUAUGUCAAGGGCUGUUCAAGUCUGGCCGACGAAGGGGCAGGAUGUUACGGAAGUUUAACAAGCCCACGUAUCUCCGCCAGGGCGGGUUGGAAGUGUUUGCAGUUUUGGUAUUACAUUAGUCGAGGAACACCUGCUUCUCUUCAAGUGACUGUAAUCUCUAAGAAGAGAAAUAGGACAUUGUUGACCUCUACUAAAGCUGGAAUCUGGACCUUAGCUCGUUUACCCAUCAUUUCAUUUUCAGUUUCCUAUCAAGUUUUAUUCCAUGGAUGGAAGUCUUUAAAAAUGGCGACAAUUGCUUUAGAUGAUGUUGUAUUUCAGACUGACAGUUGUGAAAUUAUACCCUGGAAAGAGGAAAGCAAUGACUACGGUGAAAAUCCAUUGAAUUCUGGUUAUUUUUGGAAACUAGAUGGCACUGAUAAGGACGUAAGGCUACAAGGUACGGCUGUUUACAAAACUGAAAAUGGAAUAACAUCUCUUCACCUCGACGGCCAAGCUGGUUAUGCCGAUAUUCCAGCAAUUAACAUACGUAAAAGCAACUUCAGUAUAUCGGUCCGUUUUCAUCUUCAAGACAUUUACUCCUUGCAACACAUUUUAUCUGACUGGUCUGCACCCUUUCAAUUCAGACUGUAUGUAUAUGACAGCCGGGUGCAUGUUACAUUGCGACGAGGGGGAGAUGUACAAGACCUGUUACUUAUGUCUAGUUCCGGAGAUAUUCGCAAAAAUGAAUGGAUGCACUUGAUAUUUAUUUGGAACCGCCAAGACCUCAAAGGAAAACUUUACAUUGAUGGACAAAAUUCGGGAGAAAUAACUUCCACGUAUACAGGAGCGGAUAUCGAUCUUAAGCUGACCAAUCACAAAACAUAUGAAAUUGGUCUAAAGAAAGACACAGGGGAACUACUGCAUGGCUCACUAAGGGAUUUGUCUGUGUUUUUACGCACGCUGUCACCAGGGGAUGUUUUCAAAUUAUACAGACCGACAAGAGCUUUGUGUCCAGUACAAAGUACCAUCGAUGGAUAUUGCUGCGAAUUCUCUUUUUCACACAACAACAAGCAACGCAAUUCCUGCAUGGGUAAAGAAACAUUGAGGUGCCAAAGCUCUUCAGUUGACAAAUUUUCAAAGUGGAGCCAGUGUGCCUUUAACGGCGGCUGUUUGGAGUUUCGUCAAGGCUUUUGUGGAUGGGUGAAUUCCAAGACGAGCACUACACCAUGGGAACAAACGAAGAGAAAUGUAGAUGGAAGAUUAACCCAUAUUAACCAAGGCGUUGAGAAAGAAAGCAAUUAUCAAUUGAACUUUACCGCUAACCAUGGUGGCUAUGUCAACAUAACUGAUUUGCCUGAUCUCUUGGCUUUCACCGUCUGUCUCUGGAUGAAAUCGUCAGAUAACAACAGCGCAGGCACUCCACUAUGGUACAGAGUACGCUAUGAAAACAAAGGGAAAUAUGUCACUGCGAUUGCACUAUUUGACUACAGAGGAUUCUAUGUCUACAUCGGCGAGGCAAAAUCGACAAAGACAAGUGUCAAAGCAAACGACGGUAAGUGGCAUCAUAUCUGCCUGGCGUGGAAGUCCCCAAAUGGAAUAUUGCACUUCUACUUUGACCAACGACAGCUUUCAGGGAAAGGAUUUUCCCCAGGGGAAAACAUUCCAGGUCAAGGUGAAUUUGUGGUUGGACUAACAAAAGAUCAGGCAAAAUUAGACUCACAAGCCGGUGAAUUCAUCGGUAUUAUCAGCCACGUUAACAUAUUCAACCAUUUUCUCGAUUAUUACGUGAUAACGUGGAUGUCGCAUGGCUGUGGUGAGGAUUUGAUGAAUGCCAUUGUUCCUUGGUCCCAGUUUACGUAUGGUUUCACUGGACAUGUCAAUAUUCAAAGACCUGCAACGUGUACGGACAGUGAAGGUGUCCGCAGCAUUGUAUCAGCAAACCGAACAUCUUCAUCUCGACGAGUAUCCGUGUUCGAAAGUCCGUUUUAUAAACGAUCUUAUAAUGCACAUAGCAUCUGUGUAUUAUUUAGGUAUAUCAUACAAGGCUCUGGAUUACGCUUCCUUCGUUUUUUUCAACAAAUGGACCUUGCCAACCAUACGAGAAGGUUGAUGUGGGCAGCAAACGAGUCUAACAACACAGAAGGCAUAUGGAAGUAUGGCAGAGUAGCCCUGCCUAGUAUAACUGAAUACAGAGUUUCUUUUGAAGCGGAUUUGGGUAGACACCCUGGUUUUGUUGGUGUAAGGGGUUUGCAAGUACAGCCUGGAUACUGUCAUCCCGUCCCACUUAAGGCAACGCAAGAGUGCAAUGGAGACUUCACCAAUUCAGCGGGGUUUAUUUUCUCUCCACACUUCCCUGGUUAUUAUCCUCCUCUGACUCUCUGUCACUGGACUAUAAAGGUUCCUCCAGAAAAUAUAAUAAAGCUACGGUUCUUGGAAUUCCAAUUAGAAGAUCACCCAACUUGUUACAAUGAUUACAUUGAGAUUUAUGAUGGAUAUGAGGCUAGAACAAGAAAAUUUCUGGGGAGAUAUUGUGGCCUGCGAUUUCCAGCCUUCCUUGAGUCAUCAUCAAAUUUUAUGGUAAUUAAGUUUCUAAGCAACGACAAAGUUACAAGUUCCGGUUUCAAGAUGCACUACACAUCAGAAGAAGCCCUCCAUGGGAAUUCAAACUGCGUCAGCUUUGAAGGUUGCCCCUCUAGCUGUGAAUGUAGUAUCAUUUCAUCCAAGCGUCAUGACAUGGUGAUUACAGCUAAAAAAGGAAGAGAGUUGAAGGCCAUACCAGGAAAAAUACCAUCUAAUACAGCUGUCAUGUUGUUCCAGAAAAAUAAGAUUUCGUUUUUACGCACGAAUCAGUUCUCUGGCCUUUCGAUGUUGACUUACUUGGACUUGAGUGAAAACCGCCUCUUCAAAAUCAAUAAACGUGCAUUUGAAGACGCUGUUUCAUUGCGUUCUUUGAAGCUUCAAGGAAAUUUCAUAAGGACUUUAUCAGGUGGAAUUUUCCAUAAUGCGUCAAAUCUUCAGACUUUGGACUUAAGUCUAAACUUGUUGGAGGAAAUAUCUUCAACAGCGCUGGCUUCCCUGAUGGCUUUGACAACUUUGAGCCUCCGAGAAAACCGGAUAACUGCUAUUGAUAGGGAUGCUUUUAAGGGUGCCCGCAAGCUACAAUACUUAUAUCUUCAAAAUAAUUUACUGGAGGAGCUACCUGAUAAUACCUUCUUGGGCUUAUCAAGACUUAAAGUACUUUCUCUACACCACAACAAAAUAAAAAUAUUGACUUCCAAGACAUUUGCUGGGCUGUCCUCUCUGGAAAAAUUAGAUUUACAGAACAACUCCAUCAGUUUGAGAGACUUUGCACCUGACGCCUUUAAUGAACUCCGCAGUCUACACGAAAUCCUCCUCGACGAAUUCAUUCUGUGUUGUUAUGCCGAAAAAGCAGCCCCUGGUGUCCGAUGUAUUUCACCGAAAGAUGAAUUUUCUAGCUGUUCUGAUCUGAUGAAAAACAAAGCUGUCCAAGUGUGUAUUUGGAUUCUAGGGCUGUCUGCUCUUGUUGGAAAUCUUUUCGUCAUUUUAAUGCGAGCAGUCGUGAAGGAAGAUAACAAAAUGCAUUCAUUUCUUUUAACGAACCUUGCGACUUCAGAUCUUUUAAUGGGCAUCUAUCUGCUUAUCAUUGCUGUGAAAGACGUACAAUGGCAAGGCGAGUACUUUAAACAUGACAUCAAGUGGAGAUCAGGAAUAACGUGUGCAUUGACUGGAGUGCUGUCUAUGGUAUCAAGUGAAGUGUCAGUGCUCAUGUUAACACUCAUCACCACUGAUAGACUAAUCUGUAUUGUUUUUCCCUUCAAAAUGAGACGAAUGGAUCGUGCGGUUGCUUACCUUACUGUCGGGGUCAUAUGGAUCCUCGGAACGCUGUUAUCUGUCAUUCCAAUGUUUGGGUUGAAUUAUUUCUAUGAUGAUACACGACACGUGGGAUUUUAUGGAAAGUCUGCAGUUUGUCUUCCUCUGCAACUGUCGUCAGAUCGUCAAGCUGGGUGGGAAUAUGCUGUGGGGAUCUUUAUUGCUUUAAAUUUUGCAUCAUUUGUUUAUAUCCUCACUGCGUAUAUAGUCAUGUUCUUCUCUGUCAGAAGGGUCGCAAAGAAGAUCAGGUCAACGAAAAUGAACAGAGAAUCGCAAAUGGCGAGGAGAAUGAUGUUUAUCAUUCUGACUGAUUUCCUUUGUUGGAUGCCUGUCAUUGUAAUCGGAAUCUUGUCACUUAUCGGGAAAUUUCAUGAUCCUGGAAGGCAAGCUUACGUGUGGAUUGCCGUGUUUGUCCUCCCCGUAAACUCAUCUAUUAACCCCAUACUUUACACAUUUUCUACUCCCUCGGUGAAGAGAAAAGUGACCGAGCAGAAGGAGAGGUUGAGAAGUUAUUUUCAAAGAAGUGUAUAUCAACAGCAAGGAUCUCCAGGGCAACGAGGCACUUCACUUGGUUCAUUAGCUUGUGGAAACACGAUCGUCCCAAGUGAGUCGCAAACAACGACUCUCUCAACCUUCAGCCUCUCUCCAGUUCCAAACGCUUCUACUCGUCCAGUGGAAGAGAUACCAGAAUGCGAAAGACCUGAAACUGAUUUAAACCUGAUUGAAACACCAAGUAUCUUCUCGGAUGAGACCUCACAUUCGGUGGGUUUUGCUGUGGUGUGGUCUGGAAAGAAAAAAGACGCGUCUUUGCGAUUGAUUAAGCAUUUUUCAAAAGCCGAGGAGGAAGCUUGGAAGAAGGAGACAAAUAUAGUCAAGCAACUCAAUGGUGAUGGCGAAGGGCAUCCAAACAUCAUCAAAUAUUGCUGGAAUUCUCGAACUGAAGAAUGCAAGUUACAUUACAAGCAGGGAAUAUUUCUUCGAUUAAAGAAAAGUUAUUUGUAAGCUAGAUGAACUGGUAAUUUGUCACUCCCCCACUCCCUUAGAAUAGGACUGUCCCUUCCCCUACCAGUGUCCGUUAGCUAUU